UAUUAUUGAUACAAACUUCUCUCAACCCUUUUUACCAUACCAAGUCAUAACCAUGACCCAAGACGGCCAAGUGGUGGUCGUCAUGGUGCCACUGGCGGCACAGGGUCAUCUCAAUCAGCUCCUCCACCUCUCCCGCCUCAUCUCGGCUCGCAACAUCCCCGUCCACUACAUCGGUGCCACCAACCACAACCGCCAAGCCAAGCUCCGCAUCCAUGGAUGGGAUCCAUCGGCACUCGCCAACCUCCAUUUCCACGACUUCUCCAUCCCUCCUAUUCCAUGUCCUCCGCCCGACCCCGCGGCAGAGACCAAGUUCCCUGCCCACCUCAUCCCUUCAUUUCAAACCGCAGCGAUCCACCUUCGGGGCCCUCUCGAAAAUCUCUUACACUCCCUCUCUCCCCAUGCAAGAAGAAUCGUUGUGAUUCAUGAUUCCCUAAUGGCCUCAACCGUUGAAGAUAUUGACUCCAUACCAAAUGCUGAGUCUUACAAUUUCCAUAGUGUGUCAGCCUUUGCAAUGGCAAUUUAUGAACUUGAACAAGAAGAUCAACAAACAAAAGGCAUGGAAACGUCCAUAAUAAAGGAUCUUGAUAUUCCAUCUCUUGAUGGGUGUUUCACUCAAGAGUUUUGGGAGUUUGUGGAAUUGCAAUUUGGAGUUCCAAGAAAGUUCUCUGGGAAUCUCUACAACACUUGCAAGACUAUUGAAGAGCCAUAUUUAGAGAUUCUUCAAAGAAUCAACCAUGAGACUAAGCAUUGGGCUAUUGGUCCAUUUAAUCCUUUGGAAUUGAGCUCAUCAAGCCACAAUAUUCACCCUUGCUUGGAGUGGUUGGAUCAACAAGAGGCUAACUCUGUGGUCUAUGUUUCCUUUGGGACUACCACCGCCUUGGAAGACGAGCAAAUCGCUGAAAUAGCACGUGGAUUGGAAAGAAGUGAGCAGAAGUUCAUAUGGGUGUUAAGAGAUGCAGACAAAGGAGAUAUCUUCAAUGGAGAAGUUAGAAAAUCUGAGCUACCAGAAGGCUUUGAAAAACGAGUGAAAACGGAAGGGAAAGGGCUGGUGGUCCGAGACUGGGCACCACAGUUAGCCAUUCUAAGCCAUGGUUCGACAGGAGGGUUCGUGAGUCAUUGCGGGUGGAACUCGUGCAUGGAGGCCAUAACCAUGGGGGUUCCAAUGGUAGCGUGGCCGAUGCACUCUGACCAGCCGAGAAAUUCUGUGCUGAUGACGGAGGUGCUCCGAGUCGGUUUGCUGAUAAGGGAAUGGAGUCAGCGAGAUAAGCUUGUAAUGGCAACAACAAUUGAAAACGCAGUGAGAAAGCUUAUGGCAUCAGAGGAAGGUCAUGGGAUGAGGAAGACGGUGGAGGAGCUCGCCGUUGUCAUGCGACAAUCGGUGGAAGAGAAUGGAGUGUCUCGAGAGGAGUUUGAUUCUUUCAUUUCUCAUAUUACAAGAGACGUUUAAUAAAGGAAAAUAGUUAAACUGACCUGUUUCAGACCUUUUCCUAGCAGUACUA